AUGAGAUUCGAGCACACGCGUGACGCAAAUUUGUCUCCGUCGCCACAGAGCGCACCUGGCGGAGGGAUGGCGUAUCAUCCGUUUUUGCUAUCUCAAAGGCCAACGGAUUUCAGCGUCAGCAGCCUGCUCACGGCAAACAACAACAACAACAAUAACAACAACAAUAAUAAUAGUAAUAAUAGUAAUAGCAGCAGUAGUACUAAUAAUAAUAAUAAUAAUAGCAGUAAUAGUACUAAUAAUAAUAAUAAUAACAACAACAACAAUAAUAACGGAACUUCCGGAACGGUGCCACACUACCCGUUUCCGGCAGCGGCGUUGGCCGCGGCCGCAGCUUUCGGCGCCGGUAAUCCGGGACCCCCGGGAGUCGGAUGCUACCCGGGUACUUUAAUUCCUAAAUUGGGACCUCAUCAUCCGGGUCCUCAUCACGCUCUUCCGCCGGGUCAUCCGUACACGACAGCGGAAGACGUGGUUUUAGCUGCUGCCGCAAUACAUCAUCAUCCGGCCAUGGUGCGACCGUUGAGAGCCAUUCAACCCGAGGAUGACGGAGUCGUAGACGAUCCUAAAGUGACUUUAGAAGGAAAAGAUUUAUGGGAAAAAUUUCACAAGCUCGGUACCGAAAUGGUCAUAACAAAAUCUGGAAGGUAA